AUGAUUGCCGCCACAAAGCGCAAAGUCCUUGAUGGACUCAACAGGAGAUACAUCUACGGUCGCGUGCCCCUUCUGCACACUAUCAUAUUCCUCAUCGAGAUGGCGGUAGCUACGCGGAUCGCCGCCAAAUUCAAUACCUACUAUGCCGAAAAGCCCGGUAUGACUUGGCCCUUUGCCCUUUGCCCUGUUCUCUUUCCCGGCGGGCUGUCCGCUAAUAUGUCUGCCUUGAUAGUGCUCACGACCAUGGUCACCAACGCGGUACGUCUUGGGUGGAGUCGCCGAUACCGUGGCCCAACUGAUAACAGCCUUCCAAUCCCGCUCGCAACAAAGAUCCGAAGGGGAGACGGCCUGAUCUCUAUAGAAUUCGAAGACUUUGAUAAAGAGAAGCCUCCAGCGAUGGGGGAACUGGGAUAUGCACACCGCUCGCCUUCGCCAUUCGACUUCGAGCGUCUAACCCGCUUCAUGGCGUAUGGUUUCUUCAUGGCUCCGAUUCAGUUCCAGUGGUUUGGGUUCUUGUCCAGGGCUUUCCCUUUGACGAAGAAGAAUCCGACGGCGCCGGUGUUUAAGCGUGUUGCGUUUGAUCAGUUCAUCUUUGCUCCAUUUGGUCUGGCGUGCUUCUUCACUUACAUGACGAUUGCUGAGGGAGGUGGAAAGCGGGCGUUGACGCAAAAGUUCCGAGACGUUUACUUGCCGACUUUGAAGGCCAACUUUGUGCUGUGGCCGGCGGUGCAGAUCCUCAACUUCCGGGUUAUUCCUAUCCAGUUCCAGAUUCCAUUUGUCUCAUGCAUUGGUAUUGCGUGGACCGCAUAUCUCUCGCUCACCAACUCCUCCGAGGAGUCUUGA